AUGUUUAUGAGUGUCGACAAACUUGAGAAGGUUAUGCAUAAGCUUGACACCCAAAUUGCGGAGCUUGAUGACAACGAUCUUCUGACCACCGCUGUAUCCCUUAUGGAUGCGGAUUACUUGGACGAGAUUUAUGAGGUUGAAGACGCGUCAAACUGCAGUGUCAACUCGACGAAUUUCGAUCCCCGUCGUAAUAUGACGACCUACUGUUUCGGGGACGACAUCUACUAUGAGGAUGGCGACUCCGUACGUGACGUGAUGGAAGAUGAAUUGGACGUCAUCUACCAAAAGGUAGUAUUUUUUAUCAAGGAAAUGGAGGAUAAUAUGGAAAGGUUGGAGAGGAUCAUGAGGAAAUUUAUGAUUUCGACACCUCAACAACCCAAUCAAACCUAA